AUGAUAACGAUAGCCUUGGAUAUCUUCCAGCCUCCGCCGACCGCUACCCAGGCUAUGGACGUUCCACUCGAACACAUCAUCAGGAUCAUCGGACGCAGCAGCAACAGCAGCGCCGACGCCAGAAAUCUAGCAGCGAGGAGCUGGAGGCCGGACGACCGAGUGGCAGACGGGGGUGGCAACGAUUUCCAGGGUGACUAUAACGCGAUCGGUAAAAGUGAUGCUGGCAGACAUGGUACCAUGCAGGUUGCCGGUCGCACGAAGGAGGCCAUGGGGCCAGUCGGCCGUAGUCAGUAUCCGGAAACUGAGUUCUAUCCAAACAGCGAUUUAGGCGACUCGGGUUCGGUGUACCAGAGUCCG